UAAGAUUCGGGCCAUGCUAUCUAAUUAAUUAUUACUCAUUACUCAUGAUGAAAAACGAGCACCGACUGCGGCUUAACAAAGCAGAGCAGAGCAGAGCAGAGCACCCCUGCCGCCGCCAUCAAUGGCCACGGCCAUGAGUACCUAUGUAGGUAGAUGGUGGAUGCAGAAUCGUGGGCUGGCUGUUCUGCAAACUGCUUGCGCCGCCCGCAUGUAACGUUGUGUGGCAUUUGCCAGCUGCUCAGCUCUGCUCUCUGCUCUCUGCUCUCCACCCCCCAGUUGCGUCCAACUACCGACCGCCUAAGAAAGCGCAGCGCAGCGCAGUGCCGCCGUACAGUGCAGAGCUGCGGAGCCCAAGUACCAAAGUACCCAAAGUACCUGCACCUACCUAGGCUCAGCCUCACCAGCCCGUCCGCUGGCUGGCUGUCACUCUGCCUGCCUGCCUGCCUGCCUGCCUGUCUCUCUCCAAACCCGUCCACCUCGCUCACCCACACCCACCUGAGCCUCUUCGCUCCACUCCGAGUCUCCCCUUCGCCUGCUUGUCGCACCGUCGCUCGCCGUCGCCUCCACCUUCGCUGCUAUCGCCAUCCGGGCCUGUGAUUGUGAGACGUACGAACCACCAUCAAAUCGCCUGUCGACCCUCCACUUCGGUCCGCCGUCUCCGCCAGUCAACAAGACUCCCGCCCAUCAAUCGCUACUUGUAUUCCAAUCACCUGUGAACACCCACUUGUUUGGAUUACUGCAUAACGAGACACACUCUGCACUCUGCACCAGCUGCACACUCCCCCAACUUUCGCGACAUCUGCGCAAUCCUCUAUCCUCUAUAUUGCACUCCGCCCACGCCUUCCUCAUCCACCCUCACCUCACCAGGACAUCAUGGCUCAGAAUGGCGGCGAACCCGUCAUGCGCAGAAAGUUAGUCAUCAUCGGAGAUGGAGCUUGCGGCAAGACAAGUCUUUUGAGCGUUUUUACGCUUGGUUACUUUCCCACACGUUACGUUCCAACUGUCUUUGAGAAUUACGUCACAGAUUGCAGAGUAGAUGGCAAAUCGGUGCAGCUAGCGUUAUGGGAUACCGCCGGUCAAGAAGACUACGAACGCCUACGGCCGCUCGCCUACUCCAAGGCCCACGUUAUCCUCAUAGGUUUCUCGGUCGAUUCUCCGGACUCGCUCGAGAACGUCAAGCACAAAUGGGCUGAGGAGGCCCGGGAACGUUGCCCGGGCGUCCCAAUCAUAUUGGUUGGUCUCAAGAAGGAUUUGCGCGACGACCCACUAGCACAAGAAGAAAUGCGCAAGAAGUCGUUGAAGUUCACCACUACUAAGGCCGGCAGCGACAUGAAGGACGUGAUCGGCGCGAGGAAGUACCUCGAGUGCUCUUCUCUGACCGGCGACGGCGUAGACGACGUGUUCGAAGCUGCUACACGCGCUGCAUUGCUCUCCCAGGAUAAGAAGGAGAGUGAGGGCGGGUGCUGCAGCAUCAUGUGAAGAUCUCCGUCCCCUCUCGCAAUCUUUUUAUUCUUCCUCGUGCGUGCGUGCGUGCGUGCGUGCUCAUUUCUUCAUGCAUAGGGCGGUGUUACCUGGCUCACUUUCCUUAUUCUGAUUUCCUACCAAAGUCUCUGUUUUUGCUGAGGCAUUGCUAGCGUUAGCUUUUAUUUUGUUUCCACCGGCAUAGCCAUGUUCUCUGUCUUUCCUAGGGUGAGAAAAAAGGGGUGGCAGGGAUCGGGAUCCUGAAGCCUAUGUGCUUUGUUCUGGGAUUUUUUACAGUGGGAUAUGUAUAUUGUUUCCCGGUUGGGGAAAAUCGGUUGUUCGUCGUUACCGUGUGCGUAACGAGUGUGUAUGUGUGUGAUUUGGAAGGGGUACGAUAUUUGGAUUGAGACAGGAGGGUCUAAUGAUUGAUGAUGGCUGUCAUCUUACACUCAUUGCUCUAUUUCUUUGCUUCUCUUCUGUUCGUUUGUAAUUAUGUUGAGUUCUCCUUUGUUUUGUCUGGGAAGCGAGUUGAGUUGGCGGUCAAGAUGGUAUCAGAACGUACAU